UCUAUGGUAUACAUUUGAAUCAGAACUUUUCCAACUGACCUCCUUUUUUGCGAUGAGACACUGGAACACUUGUGACAGCUGCCUGUUAAGUUUAAAAGUUUAUUGACCAAGAAUCUAUAAUUACUUGUAAAAGAUUGCACUUCUUUAAAUAUGAAGUCAGGAAAGAGUACAGAAAAUAUGGGUAAAGCUUUGUAAGUCGGGUUAAGCUGCAAAUUCUGCUUUCACAUCUCAAAGUUAUUUCUGUGUUUUUUGUUUAUUUAGGUUUUGUCACUCUUUUAUGGCUUCCUAUACAGAGCAUAAAACUAAAGGGUUCUUGAGGUGGGGGUGAUGAAACAAAACUAAAUCACCUCUUUUCAGUUGCAUGUGUAUUUGAAUAUUAAUUCUACACAUCCACUUUGUAAGCAUUUUAAAUAAGUAUUCCUAGCAUACUUUAAGGCAAACUUAUUUAGUUAGUAUCUCAACCCUUGAGAUACUUUUCGGGUCGGCUGAUGCCCCAGUUUCUUGGGGCUGACAGUCGGGUCAGUGUCAUUCCUUUUUUAUCGCCUUUGAUGAACCGCAGACCACAAAAGUUAAAAUACUUACUCAAAAGCAAGGAAAGCUUUUCACAUUCAUUGAAAUAACAGUAUUUAAGUGCUUAUUGUUUGAUGAACACUUGAACAAUGGACAGCAACGAGGUGAAAAUAUCUUUAGAGGAUUCCCCCAGCUCAAGGGAAAGUUUCACUAGCACAACAAGCGGUCCAUGUUGCGGUUUACAAGGUGAUUUGGAUGAAUAUAUACAGGUGAGGGAUACGGAUGAAGAAGAACGGAAAACCACCAGUGAAUUGCAGAAAUCCAAGGGAACAAAAAAGAAAUGUUCCAGCGAUUUAUCUGGAGGAAAUAGCUAUGCUACAAACAAAAACGUGGCUGAGGGCCUCAUGGAUAUAGCUUUGCUUUCUGCAAAUGCCAAUCAGCUUCGCUUUUUGAUCACCUACAACGACAAGUCAUCCACCUACAUAUACAGCAUGGUUAUGGUGAUAACUUCCCUGGCGCUACAACUAUUAGUUGGCAUAAUGCUAAUCUUCAAGCGACGACUGAAGCGUUUUAAAAACCGAAGUUACGAAAGAACCAACGAUCUGCUGGUGAUGGGAGUUUUCAUGAUCACAGUGAUCAACAUACUGCUAGCGGCCUUCACGACAACCGAUGGAAGAUGAACUACACCCCUUUCCA